AUGGAAGUCUCCAUCAAUUCGCAGAUACUGAACGAGCUGAACACAAAGGAGGGCAGAGAGCUUCAUGAGACUGUCAACAGUCUGCGAGCAUAUGGAGUUGACAGAAUCGUCAAUCUACCGCAGAUUAUUGUCGUCGGCGAUCAAUCUUCCGGCAAGUCAUCUGUCCUUGAGGCACUUUGCCAUGUUCGCUUCCCUGUCAAGGAUGGCCUUUGUACGCGGUUCGCCACGGAGUUGGUUCUUCAGCCAGCCGCAGCGACGAGUGUAAAGGCCACUCUCCGAUAUUUCGACCAGACCAAAGCACCCCUAGUCAUCGACACAUCUGAGUUUGACGAGAAUGACCUGCGCAAGAUCAUUGAGGAGGCCAAGAGACACAUGGGCGCCUCCAUUACAGACAAGGGAUUCACCCGAGAUGUUCUCCGUCUCGAGAUCCAAGGUCCCAAAAUGUACCCCUUGACAGUCAUUGAUCUACCCGGCUUUUUCUACGUGGAAACUGAGACGCAAUCUCUGGCUGGAAAAAGUGUUGUAGAUCAGCUUGUUUUGGACUAUAUGUCUAGGAAGGAGAGCAUCAUCCUCAAUGUCAUUGCGGGGAAUCAACCGCUGGCAAAUCACGAAGCUCUUUCCAAAGUGAAGGUCAUUGAUCCAUCACGCGACAGGACAAUUGGCGUCAUCACCAAGCCCGACUUGAUGGUGGAAAAAUCCGAAUCAGAGGCUGAGUACGCGAAGCUUGUUACGAAGAAUGAGGGUGCCAACAAGCUGCGUCUAGGGUGGCAUGUGCUACGCAAUAGUGCCGACGUGGAAGCUGGUCUUGACGGUCGCGACGCUGCUGAGCUGGAUUUCUUCAAAACCGGAGUGUGGGAAACGGUCCCCCAUCACAUCCUCGGCAUUUCCAGUCUGAGGAAGAAGCUCAGUAAAGUUCUGUACGACCAUAUCCGGAAGAGUCUCCCCGAGGUUAUUAUCAACGUCGAGAAGAACCUCAAGGAACGGCGAACUGAACUAGCCAGACUGGGGCCACCUAGAUCAGACACUGAUGAGAGGCGGUCGUUCUUGAUCAAAAUCGCCAGUCAGUUCCAGUCUCUUGCUAAGGAUGGGGUUGAUGGUCGAUAUGAUGACCCGUUCUUUGGUGACCUGGAGCAUGAGAACCAUAAAUUCAGGGCUCAGUUGCGAAACUUCAACCGCGCUUUUCAACACAUCCUCUGGACCAAAGGUUCAUCGAAAUUGAUACAUGCAGAUGGCGAAUCUGUGGGAUCAACAGAGGAACCUCCUGAGUACCUCCAGAGAUUCUUACAGACAUAUCCUUAUGACUUCCCCGACCCAAUCGCCACGACGGAGUCAGCUGUCCAUCUUGAUAUGCAACGACAGGCAUCCAUAAAUCAAGGCAAAGAGUUUCCCGGGCUCUCGAACAAAGACCUCGCAAUUAAACUAUUCCAAGAGCAGGCCAGACCUUGGGAAGAGAUCUCUCGUUUCCAUGUCGAGAAAGUUACCUUUGUUGCAAAAGCUUUCGUUGACGCGAUAUUUGAGCACAUCUCGGGGUCUCCGGACACGAACAGGACGACAGAGGCUAUCCUGUCGACUUGUGUGGAUCCAUGGUUCUCAGAGAAGGAGAAGCUCAUGCAGGAAAAGCUGGACGAGUUGCUUCAGCCCUAUCACGACGGCUACACCGUUGCUCUGGAUGCUGAGUUUCAUGCUGCUCUAUCCAAGAAAUCCAGAGGGAAAAUCGCCGAUCGUGUGUGCAAAAUUUUGGAAGAGAGGCAAGCACUCGGCAACGUAUUUCUAGACAAAGUGGCGAUCACCAAUGCGAUCUUGGAAGACACGCAGCUGGACAGUGGUGAAUUUGGCACACAAACCGCCGUUGACAUGAUGCUCGCAUACUACGAGUCUGCACGUGGGACAUUUGCCGUGAAUGUCAUCAAUCUGGCCAUCGAGCGAUGUCUGAUUUCUGGCAUUCCCAAGAUCUUCACUGCAGCCCAAGUCUCUCAGAUGUCGAAAGAACGACUCGAUGAGUUGGCUGCAGAAACGGACGAUAUCCAAAACCGAAGAGAACUUCUUGAAUCCGAUAUCAAGGUGCUAGAGAGCGCCUUUUCUCUAUGCCAGAGAUACCGGCCCAGAGCCGUGACGACGCUACCAUCAACACCACCCGUUACAUCAUUAGCCUCUCGACUCAAGUCUUCGCAUCUUGCAACGGUGAAGCCUUCACUUGCUCAUGGUGCGAAUUCAAGCGUCAUUGCCCCCGGAAAUGCCACCAGUUCAAACACCACAGGUGGCUCUUCAGCCCCUUUAUUCACCAUGCCUGAUACAUGGAAAAGCCAAAAUCAGCCGGCAGAUAAAGCUGAAAUCAAAAAGUAA